GCGGCCACAGGGAAAACCAAACCCCGAGUGUCCGGAGAGUAACCGGAAGUGCCCUCCCAGGCAGAGGGGUGGCGCCGGCUGCAGCCGGGGAGAGGGAAGAAUUGAGUAUCGUUAGUAACUAUGGACUGGAGACCUUUUGGAGCCAAAAGGAAGACAGUCUUGAGUCUUUCUUGUUAUGGGUUGUAAAUACCACAUAAAGAACGAGUGCAUGUGAUGCUGGAAACUUGUAAAGAGAAACUGCUCAUGACUGAAAGGCCUAAGACAGAUGUAUCUUUCAAGCUCUUAUCGAGAAAAUGACUAUGAAGAAAAUGAUGGGUCAGGAAGACCAGUGGAAAACUCCCUAGGAGAGAGCCAUAGAAAAUGUCCACUUCAGAAGAGAGAUAUAAUCAGAGAACUCAAAAAAGGAAAAUAUAUCAUGUAUGCCCUCAGAAGGGUAAAAAGAUUUUUAUUCAUGUGCAUGAGAUUACUCAAAUAGAUGAUCAGAUAUACCAGUGCCUUGAAUGUGAACAAAACUUUUGUGAAAACUUAGCUCUUAUUAUGUGUGAGAGAACCCAUACUGGGGAGAAACCUUAUAGAUGUGAUAUGUGUGAGAAAACCUUCAUCCAAAGCUCAGAUCUUAUUUCACAUCAGAGGAUCCACAGUUCUGAGAAACCUUAUAAAUGUAGCAAAUGUGAGAAGAGCUUUUGGCACCACUUAGCCCUUUCAGGACACCAGAGAACGCAUGCAGGUAAAAAAUUCUAUACAUGUGAUAUCUGUGGCAAGAAUUUUGGUCAGAGCUCUGAUCUGCUUGUCCAUCAGCGAAGCCAUACAGGCGAGAAACCGUAUCUGUGUAAUGAGUGUGAUAAAUGCUUCAGCCAAAGUACAAACCUCAUAAGGUACCGAAGAACUCACACAGGUGAGAAACCGUUUAAGUGUCUGGAGUGUGAAAAAGCUUUUAGUGGGAAAUCCGAUCUUAUUAGCCACCAGAGAACUCACACUGGUGAAAGACCCUACAAAUGUAAUAACUGUGAGAAAAGUUACCGACACCAGUCAGCCUUCAUUGUUCAUAAAAGAGUACAUACUGGGGAGAAGCCCUAUAAGUGUGGUGCCUGUGAGAAAUGCUUUGGCCAGAAAUCUGACCUUAUUGUACACCAGAGAGUCCACACAGGUGAGAAGCCAUAUAAAUGCUUGGAAUGUAUGAGAAGUUUUACCCAGAGUGCCAACCUCAUCAGGCACCAGGCAACUCACACUCACACUUUUAAAUGCCUUGAAUAUGAGAAGAGCUUCAGCUGUAGUUCAGACCUUAUUGUGCAUCAAAGAAUUCACAUGGAAGAGAAACCACAUCAGUGGUCUGCGUGUAAGAGUGGCUUCCUCUUAGGCAUGGACUUCGUUGCCCAACAGAAAAUGAGAACUCAGACAGAGGAGCUGCAUUAUAAAUACAGUGUCUGUGAUAAAAGCUUUCAUCAGAGCUCAGCCCUUCUUCAACAUCAGACAAUCCACAUCGGUGAAAAACCAUAUAUCUGUAAUGUGCCUGAGAAAGGUCUUGAGCUCAGCCCUCCCCAUGUAUCAGAAGCCUCACAGAUGUCUUGACCAGACAAGAAGUUGUUAUACC